AUGCACUUACUAUCAUGGCGCCGGGAUUCUGCUGGUGUAUUGAGAUGUCUUAUUCUCACCCACCAUGCCAAUGCAUUGGCUGCAGUGCGCGAUGACCUAUUAUCUGCCUCGGGCGGGCCAGAGUGUGAAGGAAUGCUUUGCGCGAUCGUGGCCCUGGCAUGCUAUGCUCACCUCCAGGGUGAUCCAUCCUGUUGGAAGCAGCACAUGCUUGCUAUUAAUCGUAUUCUCCAACACUUCUGCUUGACAUGGGAUGACCUGACUGAUGGCAAAAGGGUUGAUUGCAUUGGUUCAUAUGCUUUCGACAUUCCCCCUACUGUGAGCCAUGCACUCGAAGAUAAAGUGCCUGCAAUGAAUGGUUCACCGACAAGUGCCCCCGCUGCGAUAUCUAUGCGGCUGGCGGGGUUGUGUCCUGCGAUGUGGGAGGCGUUCGGUGCGCUGGAGAUGAUGAAUACGCAGAUCGAACUCCUUUAUACCCAACAAGGAGAGGAGUUAUGGCAGCGGCCAGGGGAAGUUGAUGCUAUCGUACAUCCCGUUACCCUGAAAUUCCUCUCCUUGCCAAAAUACUUAGACGCAUCACCGGCAUGGAUAUGUCUGCGCUCGGGUGCACUUUUGUAUCUUGCCGAGUUUCGACGCCGAUCUGGAAUUAGCCCUGUUGCUACCGGACUGCAUGUUCAGCAGCUAUAUGCGGGUCUGAAAACCUGUGGGAUAUUAGGACCCAGACUGCGUUUGUGGCUGCUAACAGUGGGGUUCAUCGAAAAGUCUGUUAUCUCUGAGGCGGAUUCAUUAGAUCUUCUCGAAAAAACUCUUCAUGAGAUGAAUAUUGCGUCAAUGACAGAAUGGAAAAAUUCCUUGAAAGAGAUCAUUUGGCUCGAUGCUCUAUUUAACCAGAAGCUCCUGCCGAUGUCUGGGAGCCUUAUGUUCUCGCCCUUCUACUUGCUUUGUGAUACUUAA